CUUCCGGUUCCGGCAGACGCUGGCGCGCUCUCCCAGAAGUAGAGGGUAGGGCGAUGCCGCUGCACAAGUAUCCCGUGCACCUGUGGCAGAAGCUGCGGCUGCGACAAGGUAUUUAUGCGCGCUUGCCCGCCCACUUCUUGCGCUCACUAGAAGAACGGACGCCGACGCCGGUACACUACAAACCGCACGGGGUCAAGUUCAAGAUCAACCCCAAAAACGGGCAGCGCGAGCGCGUUGAGGACGUACCCAUUCCAAUUCACUACCCUCCAGAGUCCCAGCAGGGACUGUGGGGUGGAGAGGGCUUGAUUUUGGGCUACAGAUACACCAACAAUGACAAGCUCUCCAAGAGGGUAAAGAAGAUAUGGAAACCUCAGCUGUUCAGGCGGGAGCUUUACAGUGAAAUCCUGGACAAGAAGUUCACCGUGACUGUGACCAUGAGGACCCUGGAUCUCAUUGAUGAGGCCUACGGAUUCGACUUCUAUAUUCUCAAGACCCCUAAGGAGGACCUGUGCUCCAAGUUUGGCAUGGACCUGAAGCGAGGGAUGCUGCUGCGGCUUGCUCGCCAGGACCCCCAGCUACACCCUGAUGACCCCGAGCGGAGAGCAGCCAUCUAUGACAAGUACAGGAGCUUUGUCAUCCCUGAGGCAGAGGCAGAGUGGGUUGGCCUGACCCUGGAGGAGGCCCUGGAGAAACAGAGGCUUCUGGAGGAAAAGGACCCAGUACCCCUGUUCAAGGUCUACGUAGAGGAGCUGGUCCAGCAGCUUCAGGAGCAGGUUCUGUCCAGGCCCGCAGUGGUGCAGAAGAGAGCCGGUGACCACGCCUGACCACUGGGGUCAGCCUCCCCUGUGGGCAGUGGGCGAAUCCUGCUUGCCGUGUGCUGAGCUCACAGCUCUGUAGUAGACUUUUCAGAGAAGCCUGCUGUGCCAGGACUCCUGGAGGUCUGGAGCGGAGCAGGUGCCUGUCCAAGCUGGUCAGGUCCUUACAGCACUAUCGUUCUUGGAAUGAGUAAAAGUCCGAGGCAGUCUGAGCCACAGUAAAGUGUGUUGGUUUGCUUGGAA